AUGUUUAAUCCGGAUAUGCCUCUCGAUGAACAAAUUGAAUUAUUGCCAUACGAUCCCAGAUAUGAGUUCCCGAAAGAAAGGCUAAAACUAGGCCGAACAUUAGGACAGGGAGCGUUUGGUCGAGUAGUGAAAGCAGAGGCAAUAGGUCUAGAGGACGGUGAUAACUCGACUACAGUUGCUGUUAAAAUGCUUAAAGAAAGGGCUGAUAUAACUCAACGAAAGGCACUGAUGGCUGAACUCAAAAUUCUGAUUCAUUUGGGACGACAUCUAAAUAUAGUGAACUUGUUGGGUGCUGUCACUAAGAACUUAGUGAAAGGGGAACUCCUAGUGAUAGUGGAGUACUGCAAAUUUGGAAACUUGAGACACUAUUUGCUGGCUUAUAGGGACUCAUACGUCAAUCAGUUGAAUGCCAACACAGGACUAAUUGAUCCGACAAUUAAGACCAUACAAGACAUGAAAAAGCAUUCAAACUCAAUGAAUGGCAGAACUCCGGUCUAUGAGAAUGUGUUCGCAGCCAAUGGUAUAACAAAUCCUAAUUACACGACGUCUUCACACAUGACAGCCAUAAAUGUGAAGAAAGAGAGCGUCCGUUACGCCGAUAUACUGCAUAAUCAACACUCCGGUAGUUAUACUAACGGUUACAUCACAUCAGUGAACAGUAACGGUAAUACGGGUCAAGAGACGGGUCAGGACUCGAGUUCGGCCAAUGGUUCGGGAGUAUAUCGGCGUAACGGACGCUCUCUUUCUUCACAUUUAUGGCUGUCAUGUGUGAAGACGUCGUGUAAUUAG